UGGGCAGUGAGACUCUGUUGUGUGUGUUGGUGUGCACAUAUGGUGUGCUGCUUUGGCUGUAUUCUAACAGAUUGGCUUUUCGUAAUUUUACCAAGCUAGCUGCAAGAUGACUAUGGCCAAUAUUCUGCUUACCGUAAUGGUGGGUUUAGCAGCUGCGGUGUCCUCACAACCAGCAGGCGGCAGUUCUGGCGUUGGUACCGGUACAGACGCCCUCUUCCGCAAAGAGGUCAAGGGAAGUGAUGGAAUAACUCGAGGAGAGUACGGUUACCACACACCUGAUGGUUGCUUGCAUGUGGUGUCAUAUGAAACACACCCUGGUAAAGGCUACCGUGUUCUAGGCUCCAGUAAAAAAGAAUGUGGACGUCCUGUGACUACGAAGCCGUCCGCAGCUAGACCCCAAACUACCGCAGAAAGUGAUAUCACCCACUCAAAAACAAGCUCUAUAACAAUACAAACCACCACAACGAGAACUCCUGUGACUACUAGAUUUACCACCUCUAGAAGAGAUAUUGGUACCACCAUUCCUGCCACAACACCGUUUACCAUUACCAACACAAAACCUCGUGAUUCGUUUUUAGCCCCUACAAUACAACCUGUGGACACCAACAUCGUAACGGAAGCUGUAAUGAAGACGCAAGACUCCCAAGGAAAGCAGCUGCAACCCACUCCAACAUUUAUCGAAUCGGAUGGGGAUGAUUCCAGUACGUUGCCCGCUUACACCUUCGGUUAUACCACACCCACUCACGGCCACACUGAGUCGGGUCUUCCCGACGGUUCUAAGAAAGGAGAGUAUUACUGGGAUGGUCCUGAUGGCUGGAGGAGAAUUGUGACCUACGAAGCCAAUGAGAGAGGAUUCUUCCCAAGGAUGCGACAAGUUAGGAUCCCCACAACAACCACCACCGUCCCACCGCCAACCACCACAUCCACAAUCAAUUCUCCGCCUGAGGCCUUGGCGACAGAACUUCUGGGUAACCUGCCACCGCAAGCGGGUGGAUGCCCAUACUACUUUUACUAUAACACCAGGAUAAAUUACCACUGGGAGAGAUGCUUCGAGAACUUCACCAAGACCGGAGAGUUUGGGCAGUUGGGUCCUGAUGGCUAUGCCCACAAGACUGAAUAUGUCGCAGAUAUCACUGGCUUUCACCCACGCCUCACCAAGACACCACUUACCACGGGUCAAGAAAAUGUAGUAGCUGAGUACACGGAAGGGGCUUUUAUCGUCCCAAAGCCUGACGAAGAGCGAAGGGAAACCGAAAAACGCAUCCUGGCUUGGCUGGCGGACAACAGAAACAGAAUAGAAGAGCCCCUACGAUAAACCACGCGUCAAGCACUGCACGUGCCUUAAAUUUCUGAAAUAACUUCACAGCAUCGUAUAGUUUCGUCAUAAUAAACUACCCCGAACUUGUUUCCCUUUUAAAAAACAAUAAUUCUUAUGAAAUAUCAAUUGUUUAAUAACAGGGAGUGCUAAUCUGUUUCAUAUUUUUUUUUCCUACUGUCAUAAUGGUCAAUCACUGUCGAUGAGGCGUAAACAGAGAGCUACAUACUAGACUAGAGGGUGCGAUCUAGACUUACAGAUGUCACCACCAAAAAUGGGUCUGCGCCUCGGCGGCCAAAUCAUACUCUACCCACUUAGAAAAAUCAAAGACAUCACAAGCUUCACCUCUACCCAAUUUGUUGACAUUUCUAUUUGAUUUUAAGAAGACUUUUCAUAGAGAUUUUCUCAGCAGCGUUAGCAAGUGAUACUUUUGUUAAUAAAAAUGUAGUUGAUCAGCCUCGUUGUUUUGUUUAUUGGUAAACGAGAGAAAAUAAAUGACCGUUGCAAGAUUCUCUCAUUAAAAAAAAAAAAUUGCAAGAAAGUUUUGCAAAAUCAAAUAGAAUUGGACUGUUAAAAAAAUUAUAUUACAAUAUUUGUUGGUGCAUCAGUCUGGCCUUCAACGAAAUUUAUCAUAAACAAUAGGGCGUCAAACAACUAGACAACCACCGCCCCCACCAACACUAGGAUUGCCAGGUGUUUGUGUCUUCGUAAGGUUACAAACUUCCGCUUCCAGAAUGUUAUACUCCACCCUCAGCUGACUGAUGAUUGUUGUGUGGGGUGAAUCAAGCCCUUGGAUGGACGCCUACCGCUACCAGGAAGGUUAGCAGGUCAAAGGUGAUGACGCUUAAGGGCAGGGUUAAGGGCGGAGAGUAACAGUGAAACCGGAAGCAAUUGUGCCCCACGGGGAUCACACAAUGGAUGCUACGCUUUCUGUCCAGUUGCUUGACGCCCUAAUGUUUUUGAUAAAUUUCGUCAGAGGUAAGAUUGAUGCAUUGAUUGAUAAACAGAUUUUUUUAUAAAGUCCAGUUCCUCUUGAUUUGCAGGACUUUCAUGCAUGAAAGACUUUUUUUAUGAGAGACCCUUGCAUUGGUCAUUUAUUUUCUUUCGUCUAUCAAUAAAUAAAAGAACGAGAAUGAUCAACUUCAUUUUCAUUAACAAAAGUAUCACUUAUUGCAUUGAAGUGUAAUUGUUAACAAGUUUUUCGCUAUUAUUUAGAAAUCAAAUAUUUUCUCAUAUCUACUGCAUAGAGACAUUUGACUUACUAGUAGUAUUUAACAAACGGGGAAUGCAAGAAACAGGAAAUUAAGAUAUGUAUUUUUCCCAUUUAAUUAAACAAUCCUCAUAUGGUGCUCUUUUAAAGUUCCAUAUAGGCGUGCUAGCCGCAGGAAUGUUGAGUAACAAAAUUUUCAACACUACCUUCCACCACUACCAUAUGAUUGUGAGAGCAUGACACCAUGCCGGACUUGUUUGACUUCUCUUUUCUUGCAUGACGAAAAUAUUUACCAUCAAGGCCGCACUGAUGCAUUUCUAUUAACCAAGGGAUAGAGUAUUUUAGUAUAUAUCGAUGAAUGCUCUUAUUUUGCCAACAAUAUUCAUUCUAACGACAUGAAUAAUGUACAGCACUCAGAUUUUUUGGUGUAAACAUGAUAGUGACCAUUACAACUUUGAUAUUUUUCUAGUUUGGUACAGAAAAAUGUCAAAUAAGUUUCGCUGGACCCCAGUAAGCCGCAGGUUUGACUUUAGCAGAUGUUCCAGGAGGGUCACCAGAUGGCAGGUCGAGCUCAGUGCAGGACCCAAUUAGAGAGGAGUUCUGGCCCUUGAAAAAAAAUGCCACAUUAUCUGGAAAGCAUAAUUUGGUACAGAAAAGUGGGUCUACUAUAAAAAAAAAUUGCUUAUCCCAGUGUAAUUCAAAACAAAGUUAUGAAUAUUGAAAACAUUAUUCUUCAAUAAUCUUUGACACAGAUGCGGUAUUAUGAUAAAUGAAAUUAUGAAACUUCGGUUGCACAGUAGUCUGAAUCUACGACCUGUUGUUCGUUCUUUUUUGGUCUACAAAAACUUCUGUACUAUCAAUUUUAGGCACUUGAUACACUAAAGCAAUUAAUAAAUCACGAACACAUACUUUACUUGCUCGUUAUGUAUUUAUACCUUGGAGAUAGAUUUAUACAUCUUGGCAUUCCAAACAAUAACAAACCUUCUUCUUCUUCUUUUGACCUGUAUCGCUUUUCAUCGGCUCAUCACCAUCACUUCUUUUGGUACUAACUCCCCUCUCUGACUCUCGUAGUUGCUACAUUCUACAAUUAGGUGUUCCACUGUUUCUUUCUCCCCAGUGUCCUAGACAGCUACAGCCCUUUGUGUUGAUAAGUCUUGGUAAGAGUGAGUUCGGACCCUCAGCGGCUCCUUUCGGUACUGUGCGGGUUUCGGCCUUUUAAAUAUCUCUUUAUCACGAGCUCUACUGACUAGAUUAUGUUUGGUACUUUCCAGAUUAAACAUUAAUCUUCGUGGAAUCUAUUAGAAAAAUGGUUCAAGCUAUACAUGCGGCAGGAGAUUAGAAAAAAUGCGAGAAGGGUGUAAGCUUAGAUGCGAGUAUUUAGCUUGUAAUAACUGAAUGGUAGAGUGUUUCUCACCACUUCACCUGAAAAAUGUUAGCAUAAACACUCGGGAUCAAUGUCUUAUAGGCUGGCGUAUGCACAGGGUAUCAUGAUUUAUCACGUGAGAGAUUUUAAAGUGUGCGAGUCCUCAUAGCUUCAACAGGAGUUGACUCAGUUUUAGUUAAAGUAGUUAGCGAUCACUGGCAAUUUUGGGGGGACAGAACUCCUCUAAUUGUGAAAGAAUAAAUCAAGCUUCGUGGGCCCAAAGACAUAGUAGGUGGUGACACUUGAUAAGGAUGAAUAUGCCCCAUUACUUUAAUGAUCGACCCACUAGAAAUGUUCCAGGUUUUCUCUUCCGUAAUAAAACGCUCAUAGUUGUCUUGUUUUUGACUCACCAACUUCUUCCUGUUCUUGAACGUGGAGCAAAAUGUGAAAAGGAAGGAUUUUCGUCGGAACGAGAUCAACGAAAUUGGAUCAUUGAGAGAGGGGUAUUGAAGUAAGUGGAGCUUCUUUCCGCCGGCCAAUCACAGGGCUGGAGAUUCCAGGAUCACGGCUGCACGUGGACUGCCGCCAGGCGCACCCAUCCUAGCACAUCGCGCCCUCAUGGAACGCCAACGUGAGUUUCGACAGAGGCUGCUCGCAGUCUCUGUCGAUCUCAAGAAGGCUUUUGAUUCAGUGCAUCGUGAGGCACUCAGGGAUAAUCUGCUGAUCCAUGGAUUUCCUGCAAAGAUCAUUGACCUGAUGACUGGCCUUUACUCUGGGAUAGAGAGUGCUAUGAAGUGUGGGGGAGGCGUUACCGGCUUUUUCCCUUCAAAAUUAGAAGGGAGGUAGGAGUGCGUCCUUGCUCCAUAACAUUUCAAUUCUUACAUGGACUGGGUAUGCUAUUAGGCAAAGUUACUGAUCAAAGUCGUUGCGGAGCAUCUGUUGGCAACAACUAGGCCACUGAUUUUGUUUUUGCUGAUGAUGCCGUACUUCUCGCGGAAUCGAUGGAGGUCCUGUUAAUCUUAGGAUAGGAAGUACGUUUCCCGAAACGUUAAGAAGAAAUAAAGAAUGUUGAAAUCGCUGAGGUUAUGCAGUUCCUCUCUCUCUCUCUCUCUCUCUCUCUCUCUCUCUCUCUCUCUCUCUCUCUCUCUCUCUCUCUCUCUCUCUCUCUCUCAGACAUGCAUUACACAUAAAAUUCAGCCAUGCAUAUUUUACACAUAUUAUAGUGGUGUGGCGGCUCACAUCACUGAGGUUCCGAACCGUCGUUCACCAGGCUCGAGCUCUCACCACCGAGGUCUCGGUACACCGCCACGGAGCUCGAGCACACGAGUCAGCCCACGCAAGGAGACCUACUGAGCCGCGCCGCGGGUUGGAGCGGAAUCCACCUCACCGCCAGCACGUCCACACCAUCUCCUUGUACACUUUGUCCAGUAAACUGUACCGCUCCUAUACGCUUUUCUAUCGAAAUCGCUACAGUGGUGACCCCGGAGUAUCCAAAAACGGCCCUUUUUGGAUGUCAACAUGCCUGCAGACGACAGCAAGGAGCAACAGAAUGCAGUUUCACUCAAGCUGCCCACCUUCUGGACGGCACAGCCCCACGUGUGGUUUGAACAACCCGAAGCAAAUUCCACAUACGCCAGAUCACUGCCGACGCCACCAAGUACUAUUACGUGGUCGGCGCGCUGGACCAGGAAGCAGCUGGGCACAUCAUCGAUUACCUCCGUCAGCCACCCAUUGACAACAAGUACGAGGGGAUCAAGGGUCAAAAACAAGAAAACUAUGAGCAUUUUAUUACGGAAGCGCCAUCUGGCAUACAUCUCUGAGUACAUUACUUGCGUGCAGCAUGUGUCGGGCAAAAGCAAUAAGGUCGCAGAUGCGCUUUCGCGUACUGCCAUCAAUACUAUCCACGCUUUGGCGCCAGGUCUCGACUACACAGCACUGGCUGCGGCCCAGGAAAAAGAUAAAGAAAUGCCUGCAUAUCGCACCGCCAUCUCUGACUUGGUAUUGGAGGAUGUGCCAUUCGGACCAGCAAACACCACACUUCUCUGCGACGUCUCUACGGGACAGCCCAGACCCAUCAUCCCUGCCGUCUGGCGCCGCCGAGUUUUCGACAUAGUGCACAACCUUGCUCACCCUUCAAUCCGGGCAACAAAAGCGCUGAUGGCAACCAAGUUCAUGUGGCAUGGGCUGCAUAAGCAAGUAGGGAAUUGGGCAAGGUCUUGCAUCCCUUGUCAAACCUCAAAGAUCCAGCGACACACCAAAGCACCGCCACAGAGCUUCGCACCGCCAGACCGACGCUUAGAUCAUAUCCACGUGGACAUCGUGGGCCCCUUCCGCAAUCCAGAGGAGUUACUCACCUUUUCACUAUCGUGGACCGAUUCACAAGAUGGCCGGAAGCGAUCCCACUCUCGGAUACGUCAACCGCCACCUGUGCGCGUGCUCUCAUCGUCCACUGGGUCGCCCGCUUCGGUGUGCCAGCUGACAUCUCUUCAGACAGAGGUUCACAGUUCACCUCUGCACUGUGGUCGGCAAUAAACCAGCUACUUGGUGUAAAGUUACACCACACGACCGCUUUCACCGGCACGUGAAAACGGCUCUCAAGGCACGGCUAAAAGGCCCAGACUGAAUGGGCGAACUGCCGUGGGUAUUGUUAGGCGUACGCACGGCUCCAAAGGGAGACCUGACAACCUCCUCGGCCGAAUUGGUAUACGGCGCUCCACUGACAGUUCCGGGUGAUUUUAUUCCAGCGGCGCGAGGACAACAGGAAUCUCCUCCGUCCGUCCUUACA